GAGAUCAUCAUGCCUUGUGGGAAACGACCACUGGUCAAAAAUUGGGACAAACCGAGGCGCCUAAAAGUGGUUACUCCGUCCCGGUACGAGCAGACUUUAGACAGCGUUAAGGUCCAUUGGCAAAAUGUUAUCAAAGAAUUGGAGAUGUCCUACAAAGAUGAACAGUUUUGGGAAACAAAUUGUGACACGGUACGUGAAUUGGUGGGCCCUGUCAUAUUUCAACGAAUUGCCAAGGUCUUUGACCUACCCGAAGAAGCUACACAAUACACGCCCACCGAUCAAUUUAUAACCCCAGCGAAAUCCGAAGAUUUCUAUGUUAAAAAAAUGGCGUGGAAAACUGGUUUGACUACUAUAGGUGAGGGCGAGCCUUCAGUUGAGGAAGAAGAGGAACAUGAAGCCCUAGCAGGUUCAGACUGGACCGAGAGUACCGUUGAUCACAGCGAGGACAGAAGGACAGGGGCGCAAACUAGCAAAUCAAUCCACGUUUCUAAAUCACUAUCCAAAAUGCUGUCAAAAUCUUUUUCCAGAUUCAUGUCUAAGGUAAUGGCAAAGCCUGCCAGUGAGGUAUCGAGUGACCAGAGAAUAUCAGCAUUUACUGUACCAGAUUCACCGGCAGAAUCUAACGACGACCUGAACGUACGACCAGGAACAGCUAUAGACUCAAUGUACCAACAACGCCGAAGAGGUCCGAAUCCAUUUUUUGAUAUGCUUUACUGCACAGAAUCAGAAACCGACAUGAUUAAAUGGAAGUCCAAAUAUAAGCAAAAGACUUUUGAGGUUUCAGCCUCGGAUGAAUUUAGCAAGAGAGCGGAAAUAUUGGCGAAAAAGAUUUCCAACGAAUUCUUUGAUUGGUGGGUCAGUUUGGGUAACGUUGAAUUCAAGAGUGAAAUCAAGAGACCAGAGGAUAUAGAAGCAUUAUUCCAGGUGUGGUUCGACCAGCAUGCCUCACGAGGGCUGGUCCUCGAUCCCAAGAUAAUGCCGUGUGUGCUGACGUCCAUUGCUACCAACACUGGCGUACCCAAGGCAUCUUGUCUAAAAGCGUUAAAACGCCAAAUUGCUGAUGACAUCCAAGCAGAGACCAGUCCAGCACACACGAUGGCGUUCGGGAAGAGCUUGCCACAUAAACUGAAACACUUACCGCCUCAGAACAAUACUGCCAAGUUGUGGCGCGGAGUCAUUAUCCCUGAGGAUCUGAGGACCAUGUCUUGCGUGUGGGGGGAUAUACAGCAUCUCACGUCAACAAAAGCGUUCCAGCAUUGGCUAGUGAAACACCCACAACUCCCAAUGCCUCCGUUCUUGAAGAACAUUGGAGCUGCAGACAAGAAGACUCCGUUCGUGGUGCCUUCAGACUUCAUAAUGAAGGAUAAGUCUACGUUAGCUUCGUCUAACCAAGAACUCGCCCUUCCCGUGUCACAAUUCUCUCUAGAACUGAAAGAAGUUCUUAGUAAACUCAUGAAUACUGACUCAUGAAUACUGGUUAUUACUAGUAAACGAAAAACAAUGAUUAAUAAUAAUUUAUUUUAGUAUUCUCAUUAUAUUUGAUUAUUUUUCAUUAGUUAUUUAUUGUUAUUUAUUUCCUUAAAUGUUUAAUUAAAUUUAUGUUUUGAACUUUU